UGAUAGAUAUUUGUAUAGAACCGACUAACAAUGGUCUAGUAGAAUAUCUUCUGCGUCCAUUGUCUUGUAUCCAGUGAACCUACACUACACAAUCCGCAGACCGGCGAUCACGUAGUCACUUGUAUAUAUAUACAUAUAUAGUUAUGCAUUCUUAUUUAAAGUGCCUACUUACUCUGUAGACGGCGAAAACAGGAUACAGAUAUCAACAUGGCGGACCUACUGGAUGAAGACAAACUGGAAGAAAUCAAGGAGGCGUUUGGCAUGUUCGACACGGAAGACAAGGGCACAAUCCCCCUCAAAGAUCUUGGUACUUUGUUACGAGCGCUAGGAGAUCAACCUACCGAAGCAGAUCUAGAAGACACCGUGUUACAAAUAAAUGCCAUAUCUAAUGCGGUACCUCCACCUGACCAAAAGCCAGCUCCAGCGGAAGGCGAGGAAGGUGACCCGCCCACCGAGCAACAGGAGGAACAAGAAAGAGAACCACCAUCAUCGCCUCCAAAAUCUGCAUUUAAAGCGAGUGAAGUGAAAGGCACGCUAGAUUUGAAAUCAUUUCUUACUGUAUGUGGAAAGAGGCUGAGUAAGGAACGAGAUAAGGAGGCGGAGCUUAGGAGUGCAUUUAAGAUGAUUGACAAAGAAGGCACAGGUAUGAUAAAUGCUGCCACCUUGCGGCACAUCAUGGUGACACUUGGAGAAAAACUCGACGACGAGGAUGCUGAUGACAUGGUAUAUGAGGCUGACACGGAUCAUGACGGACAAAUCAACUGGGAAGAAUUCUGCGAAAUUUUACUGGAAAUGGAGAAGUGACCUGUACUUUUGUUAAAAUUCAAACUUUGCAGGCGGAACACAGAUCAAUUCUAAAUGGGCCCAUAACUAAACGUAGUCUUAUUUGAUGUUUUAUACGUAAGACAAACGUGUUUUUGACGAAGAUUUAGCAAGGGAAUGUUGACUACAUCUAUACAAACAAAUGGCGAUCAUAUUUACCAUGAUUGAUCGUCUAUUACAUGUAGUCAACAAUAUGUGUAUAUGCCAGCUGAGGGAAAAAAAUAAACAAUCGGUGUCAGUUUGUGAUAUUAAAUGGUGAUAAUUAUUCCCUUGGUGUUUUCUGAUAAUGGCCACGUCACUGCCUUGAUGCGCAGAGGAGUAAAUGGUUAACGGACGCUACAUAUAAGUGAUCAACAUCCACGCUAGUAUUUUGCAGACACACGAUACGCAUACCAAUAUUUCUUGUAACCCUUUCACCCCUAUGCUACUUUAGUAGACACUACCAUGCAUGUAUCUUGAUGAGUCCAGUAUGGUCUACAGUUGUGAAAGGGUUAACUUUAAGUUUCAAUUCACCUAUUUUGAUUAAAUAUGUUCAUCUUUGAUUAAAGUUGUAGAUUUUGAAAUCUUAAGACGUAUUCCGUCCCAUAUCUCUUUUAACUGAAUGUUUCAACUCACUUAUUUUGAUUGAAUAUGUUCUUCUUUGAUUUAAAUUGUACGUUUUGAAAUCUAUAUACAUCUUUAUGAAUGUGAUUUAUGUGAUCACUUGUGUAAUCGCGACAAAUGAAAUAUUUAUCUUUGAUUUAAUUUGUACAUUUCGAAAUCUUAAUGCAUUUUCAUGAUUAUGAUUUAUGUUAUCACCUGUUGUGAUCUUGAUAAAUAAAAUGCUUAUCUUUGAUUAAAGAAAAAUUUGAAAUCUCUAAAUGUUUCUGUAUGUUAGCAUUGAAAGGACCACAUUUUGUAAUGUUGAAAAAUAAUAGAAAAAUGUGGUAGGUAAACAUGGCAAUCAACGACAUUCAUAGCCGAUAUAACAAAGAUUACCGCCAGAAAAACAAAACCAUGAAUUGCCUUUUUGAAAUGUUUGCUUGUAAAUGCGGAAUGCCAAACAAGAUUAUCCUUUUAAUGCAUCGUAUCGCAACUUUGUCAAUGUAGAACUCAUUAGUUGAAUAAAAGGUUUUAAAUAAAAGAAUCCGUAUGUAAAGGUUCGAAAUGAUAUGUAGAAUACAACGAAAAAGUGAAGGGUACCGAAAGAACCCUCUAUGACGUCAUACAUUAAAAAAAUUGGCUAAACAGAUAACUUAUACAUCAACUUGUUUUUCCUGUUAACGACAAAGGGGCAUAACCGAUUUAUCCAUAUGUAAUAUAGCAAUACAUCAAAAAUACCUCCAGAAUAACUGGUCGAUUAGUCAGACAUAUAAAAUCAUCACAAACAACGGAAACGAUGAGAAAAAUGCAAGAAAAUGUGUCAAAUCUCCAGAAUAAUGCAAUUUAUUUCCACUGAAUAAAUCAUAUCUGCGCACAAAGCUAACAAUGCUGACUGAGGUUGGAAACAAGUGAGAUUUUACCUGUACACCAUUCAAAACACUACAGAUUCUCACUCAAGUAAUUAGACUUGACUUGUAUCAAUAGCAUUGUUAGCUUCAUGAAUUAUUGUAAAAUAUCCAAUGAAAAUACUUGCAAUCAGUUUUGAGAUUUUCUCGAUAAAAGUGAAAACAAGGAUGUUUCAGGAAUGCAUGUACAGGUAAGUUUUUUCAUGAAUUAAAAUAUCCAAUGCAAUUUCGCGGCACUCAAUUUCUUUUUAAAGUUGAAAAGGGUGUAUCUACCUCUGACCAAUGAAAUCGUUUACCAUAAUUCUAGUACGCUUCGUUCUAACGUAACAAAACGAUAUCGUAGACUUUGGCCAGACUCUCUGUUCGGCGUAGCUUGUGCAGAAUACAAGAAUCUGGUUGAACGAGACUAAUAUAACUAUAGCAGAGUUGGGUCAGGACACUUGUCAGUUAGAGCGGCAGUGUAACAAGCUACAUUCAAAACACCGCAGUUAGUUCUAAUUUGUUUAUUUCAUCAUCUUAUUUUCUCUCAUAAAAGUUUUACAAGGAAUGGUAUUCCUUUCAGAAAUUAUUAAGCAAACCUUUAGUCAUUCCAGAAAAAAACAGUUCCCAACGGGAUUCUACCACUAAUAUUUUUUAUCAACUGGGCCAGAAUAAAUUCCAGGUAACUGCCAACUUCUCGGGAGUGACAGACUGUGGUUGAAUUGCUCAUUUUGAACUUUGCCAUCCGGCUGAAAUUAAACUGUCUUGGUGCACAACCUAACCAUUAAAAUAUGACUUCAGUGUGAAGCAACAUCAAUUACUAAUGACUUCUGAAAGGACAAAACCGCUGUAUGAAGCAGUGUAACUCACUUUUUGGCAUAAGGUAUCUUUUACCAAAUUAAAAUGAUAAUUUGAUAUCCAAUAUAUUAAAUUAUAGUUUAUAUACAACGAUGUAUUCAGCUCCUCUUUUGUUUUAGCGGUUAUAAUGUUAUACGUUGUUUUGUAUAUACAUGUAGUUUAUAUCCAGCUCAUGAUAUUUCCCUUAUACAACCAUGAGCUGUUUGGUUAUUUAUUUAAUAAAGGAAUGGUAAUUAGUGGAUGAAAAAUUGACAAAUCGCAGAGCAGUAAAUUGUCCCAUAUAGGGGUCUCUUAAUUGGUAGCAGCCCCCUUCAUCCGGGGAGGCUGCAGUGAACCGCUGUUGUUUAUGUGUACCCACCCACCAUCCCCAGCUUCAUGCCAAGAUCAUAUAUGCAUUUAGGUUCUGCCAAUAUGAAAUAUAGUUUUAUUUCUUUCCCCCUUGUAAUUAGUAGCUGUUCUUUCCCCAAUGAAUGUAACGUUGAGCAAGUGACAGUAUUACUUGUACCAUUUAUACUUGCCUGUGGCAGGUAGUAUUGCUCUCCUGUAGGUUGUUUGGGCUACUCACUUCAGGAAGGUUGGUAUAUAUGCAGCUUCCCAUACAGUUUCCUGAUGUAUCUCGCUUUAGUUCUAGUCUAGCUUUAUUUAACUGGCUCAUUAUUAAAUUCUAGGGGAAUUAACCCCAAUAUAAACAUAGUUUUAUA